CGGCUGGGGCGGCCUGGCCCACAAUGAAUGGCCGCCGCGGCUGCCGCUGCUGCUGAGGCGGAGGCCGCGGAGGCCGCGGAGGCGGAGGCCGAGGCCCCGGCGCAGGGGGGCGCGCCCCGGGCCCAGGCCCGGCCCCAGCCGCCGCUGCGGAGCCCGCUGGGAGCCCCCGGAGCGCGGCCACGGCGCAGCUGCCGCCAUGGCCCAGACCCUGCAGAUGGAGAUCCCGAACUUCGGCAACAGCAUUCUGGAGUGUCUGAACGAGCAGCGGCUGCAGGGCCUGUACUGUGACGUGUCCGUGGUGGUCAAGGGCCACGCCUUUAAGGCCCACCGGGCCGUGCUGGCCGCCAGCAGCUCCUACUUCCGGGACCUGUUCAACAGCAGCCGGAGCGCGGUGGUGGAGCUGCCGGCUGCCGUGCAGCCCCAGUCCUUCCAGCGGAUCCUCAGCUUCUGCUACACAGGCCGGCUGAGCAUGAACGUGGGGGACCAGUUCCUGCUCAUGUACACGGCCGGCUUCCUGCAGAUCCAGGAGAUCAUGGAGAAGGGCACCGAGUUCUUCCUCAAGGUGAGCUCCCCCAGCUGCGACUCCCAGGGCCUGCACGCCGAGGAGGCCCCAUCGUCCGAGCCCCAGAGCCCCGUGGCCCAGACGUCGAGCUGGCCGGCCUGUGGCACCCCGCUGCCCCUCGUGUCCCGCGUCAAGACGGAGCAGCAGGAGUCGGACUCCGUGCAGUGCACGCCCGUGGCCAAGCGGCUGUGGGACAGCGGCGGCAGUGGCGGUGGCAACGGCAGCCGCAAGAUGGCCAAGUUCUCCACGCCAGACCUGGCUGCCAACCGGCCGCCCCAGCAGGCCCCGGUGGUGGCGGCGGCACAGCCCGCCGGGGUGGCNNGGGGGGCGGCAGCCGCGGCGGCGGCGGCGGCGGCCGCGGCGGCGGCAGGGGGCGUGGUGAGCGGGCCCAGCACGUCAGAGCGGACCAGCCCAGGCACCUCGAGUGCCUAUACCAGCGACAGCCCCGGCUCCUACCACAACGAGGAGGAUGAGGAGGAGGAUGCCGGCGAGGAGGGCACGGACGAGCAGUACCGGCAGAUCUGCAACAUGUACACCAUGUACAGCAUGAUGAACGUCGGCCAGACAGCCGAGAAGGUGGAGGCCCUCCCUGAGCAGGUGGCCCCCGAGUCUCGGAAUCGCAUCCGGGUGCGGCAAGACCUGGCGUCUCUCCCGGCCGAGCUCAUCAACCAGAUCGGCAACCGCUGCCACCCCAAGCUCUACGACGAGGGGGACCCCUCCGAGAAGCUGGAGCUGGUGACAGGCACCAAUGUGUACAUCACGAGGGCACAGCUCAUGAACUGCCACGUCAGCGCGGGCACGCGGCACAAGGUCCUGCUGCGGCGCCUCCUGGCCUCCUUCUUUGACCGGAACACGCUGGCCAACAGCUGUGGCACCGGCAUCCGCUCUUCCUCCAACAACCCCAGCCGCAAACCGCUGGACAGUCGCGUCCUUCACGCUGUCAAGUACUACUGCCAGAACUUUGCUCCCAACUUCAAGGAGAGUGAGAUGAACGCCAUCGCAGCCGACAUGUGCACCAACGCCCGCCGCGUCGUGCGGAAAAGCUGGAUUCCCAAGCUCAAGGUGCUCAUGGCGGAGGGCGAUGCCUACACCACCUUCAUCAGCGACACGGGCAAGAUCGAGCCGGACAUGAUGGGCGUGGAGCACAGCUUCGAGACGGCCAGCCACGACGGCGAGGCCGGCCCCUCGGCCGAGGCCCUCCAGUAA